AUGACUGGAGCUGAUCUAGAUGACCAGUGUGUCAGGCGAGAUCUCAUUCUGAAUGCCACCCGUCAAAGACAAAUUGAGCCCCUUGCAAUCGCCAACGGCGCAGCCACGGCGAAUGUGACAAAAGAAAUCUCACAGGAAUUGCUGAAGUACCACUGGUGCUGGAUGCACCCUCUUUUUCUCUUCGUCUACCGACCCGCAUUCACACGGGGAAUGGCCAUGGUGGAUAUGAACGCUCCCGCAGCCAGAGAAUCGCGAUAUUUUUCAGAGACAUUAUUGAAGGUCAUUCACGCGCACUCGGCACGAUUUCUGAAUCACGACGUCUAUCAGGAUCAAUAUCGGAGUGUACUAAGUCAGCAUAGUCCACCGGGUGCUGCGCUCACAGCCGGAGAGUUCAUGCAAAGGAUCUCUGACGAGGCAAGGUUUGGCUUGGCUAUGGACGUCUUAAAGGAUAGCUCUAUACCCACGAUCCAGGCUCUUCUACAACAAUCUGCUCGAGAAGUUGUGUUUGGACGAUCCUCACAGGCAUGGACAUUCUCCGGUGCCGCUUUCCGAAUGGCUUUUGACCUGGGUAUACAUCUCCCGAGUGACAAGGUACAAUCGUUCGUAAAGGGCUUGACCGCCGAGGACGUUGAGGUUCGAAAGCGGCUUUUCUGGAGCUGCUAUACAUGGGAUAAGAUCCUGUCCCUGUAUCUUGGAAGAAUGCCUGGAUUUACGCUCAACACCGAAGAAGUACCUCCUAAUUUCAUGGAUGACUACAGUGAUAGCGACCUGUGGGCUCCUUACUAUGGCGAAACCCCUCAGUCUGAUCUGGCCAACGCUCCCAACUACCCCCCAUGUCCGGGUAAUGUUGUCUCCUGUUUCAGACAGUUGUGCAAAAUCUGCGUUAUUCUCAAUAGCCUGAUGCAGAACAUUUAUUCUCCAGAAGCCGCAGCCCGACGGGAUAUGGAUGAAGAAGAAUUUUCCGGAGAGCCCAAAGCAGCCAAUGAAGCUCCCUUCAUUCGCAUCUCGCGAGACUUGCGAGACUGGCUGGUAGCUCUACCACCCCAUCUUAGGAUCGACCAGGACCAAAUGCCAUCAUUAGCACCGCCGGCGCAUAUAAUGUCGCUCAACCUCCUAUAUCACACCACACUUAUCCUCCUACAUCGACCUGUUGUACUCGGAGCACGCGAUAUAAAUGCAUCUGGACCGGCAAGGUCCUAUCAGAUAUGCAUUCAAGCUAUGGGUGCCAUUCACGAUCUGAUUAUGUUACAAGGGAACACCUUCGGGCUUUCCCACGUGUCUUAUCUCAAUGCUUACAGUGUUUACAUUGCAGCCACAAUCGCAGUGUUAAGGUUUGAAAGAGACUUCAAACCGGGCGAAGAUCAUGCCAUAGCAGCUGAAAGGAACGGGCUGAACUUUCUGUUGGACGUCAUGCAAAAGGCCUCCAAUGCGAUGCCAGCUCUCGAACGGAGCAAUGCCAUUAUCAAAAAGCGAAUUAAGGCUGUUUUAGACAGACACAAGGCAUUCCAGCCCCGUGCAAGCUAUUCGAACAGUUCUACGCCGCCGAAAUUCAAUAUCCCGACUCCAACAAGCCAGCAAAUGGAUCUGACGCAACCUACAGCUUUUCAGGCACUAUCGAACCCAUCACUAGUCCAUGGGGUCUACUCGCAACCUGACACUGGCGUGUCAUAUGGGUCGGCGAUGGCGUGGCAAUCUGCAAUGAGGAGCAGUCUCUAUGCCGAUCCCGCCAUUGCAGUGGAUGAUUUUCUACCUGCUUUCCCAGGCCAGCAGUUCCCCGUUGGCUCAGAACAUAGCUUUGGGAGCAGUGAUGUCGACGCUCACGCGAGGACAACAUUGCUGGGGUACAACCUGAACCCUCAUCCGAGACUCAAUUCUGGCGAUAUCGAUUGGAAUUUCAUGGAUACAUUUGAAACGAACUCGGUGCCUGUCUAA